AUGGUACAGAACAGAAAAAGGAACAGAAAAUGCCGCAUCCAAAAAAUCAUCCAGCUGCUCGAAAAUGACGAAGAAGACGAGCAAAGCCUAAUCCCGCACAUCAUCGAUAUAGAGCAAAUAUUCUUCGAAUGUUUUAACAAUGAAAAUAAAAAAAAUCGAAGGAUAAUUAACACGUACGUCAUUCCGUAUGUAAACCUACUGCUGGAGCGCGUAGAUAAUGGGGAUGCAAAAGUUAACUGCCCAUUUAGGGAAAAAUUGCUAACAAGAAUAUUAACAUUCCUUUCAUCGGUCCUACGGAUUAACAAAAAUUACGCACACUUAGUUGUCUCCUACUUUGUAAACCUAAUUGAACAAAAGUAUUAUGUUGUAAAAAUUGUUGACCAUUUAAAAAAAAUUAUCAUCCCCCUGUUGAAGGGGCUUAUAUUUUCGAAAGGGUGCCUACACGACUGUGGAGAUAAUACUUCCUUCUACGAUAAUGAUGAAGAAAGGGAGGAAGAAAAACGAAACGAAGUGAAUAAUAUUAAGCAAGGAUUCCACAAUUAUGUCAUACUGAAAAGCAAAAUUUUUAACAUCCUAACGAACUUCCAUUUCGAUAAAGGGGUAACGGAAAACCCGUACAAAUAUGACUUAAUAAAAAACUUGAUGCUCAUUUUGACCAAGGAAAUUUUAUUUUUUUUUCACAUUUUAAAAAAUAAAAAAAAUAUAUUUAAAGAAAUAUUAAGUGAGCAGAAACAAGUGCACCAUGUAAUUAACCAAGUGUUCGACAUUGCAUACCUCAAUGUUGUUACAGACAAGGUUAAUAUGAACAAUUAUGAUGAGAUUAUUAUGAUAUGGCUCGAGCAGGACAUCCGACUGUUAAACGAUUUGAUUCUUUUUAACCUUAGUAAAAAUGGAAACAACACAAAUGAUCCUGCCAAGAAUGAGUUAUCUGUGCAAAAAAUAAAGGAGGAGUUGGGGGGGAAAUCACCCCGUAGUGGUUCCAUCCCUGCCGUUGCAAAAAAAGGGGGGAGAAAAAAAAAAUUAAAAUCUGAGCAAAAUGUGAAAAUGGAAUGCACUAUUAAGCGCGAAAACGACGAGGAAGAAACAGUCAUAAAGGAAGAACGUAGUAGCUGGGAUGAGGAGGUACCCAAGUUGGAAAUUUUUAACAAAUUGAUAGCCCAAUUUAAUGGGGGGAAAAACGAAAGCGCAGGUGGUGGGAAGCAUGUGACCUGCGAAAGUUCGCACGAAAAUGCACACGAAGAUACGUUCGAAGGUAUGUUCGGCGGUGUGUACGAAUGUGCCUACCAAUACGGGGUCGAAGCUGCGAUGGGAGCUUCCCCUUCUGACACCCCCCCCGGGGAAGAACCACCAGAGAAUUACCACGAACUCGCCAAAAAGUAUGUCAUAAGUACAGACUGUCUAAUAGGCACUAUUGAUCAAAUCACAACAGACAACAUCAUUUUUCUGACCCAUCUGAUGAGAAAUGUGUUUUACCUAAUCCGCGAAGUCCCCUUUGUUUUCAAUUUUUUCCUUAAGAAUAUUUUCAUAAUGGUGAGUGAAUUGGUGCGAAUACAGGGAGGUGCAGCGGAGGGGGAAAAACGUAUCGACCAGUGUGGGGAGGAUGAUCAGGCUGCCACUCCGCAUGACGAAACAGGCCUAAGCAGUUAUAAGAGAAAACUGUUUAACUGCAUGGUUCAGUACAUAAAAAACGAACUGUACUUGCUGAUAUGCAGAAGUAGUGUAAAUUUCCCCUUCUACUAUGCAUAUGUUACGAGCUUGCUAAACAUGCUUGGGGAAGAGGGCAGCACAGAGGAAUUAGUAAAAAAAAAAAAGGCAUCCAUAAAGAGCACCCUCUUGGACAUGGAAAAGGAAAAAAAGAGUAAGGUGCACGAAAAUAACUUAAACUACAAUUGUGAGUAUUUAAAAACAAAUGUUUUGAGGAAGGAUUUCUAUGGGUAUAAGAAGUUAAAAAACGAGCAGGUGGACAUCAUGUCCUACUUAAAGGUAAAAAUGAACGAAAGCGAAAAUGAGCAGGAAAACCUUAGCGAAAAUAACAGGGACAGGGACGAUUUCCUUAAAAAAGAGGAAAAGGAAAAUAUAUUUAUAAAUCAAAUUGUGAAAAAAUUAUAUCUCACAAAUUUUAAACUGGACAAGGAGUAUUAUGAAAAGUUCGACUGCUCUAAGAGGACUAACGUGAAGGAUCUAUUUUGCGGGAGAAGGAUGGGACCAAACGGGGGUAGAACAGGCCUUUGCGAUUUUUACGCCUACGAUCAGGCAUCAAUCACUAAUAGGGUUCCAAGCAGCACAGCCGAUUUUUGUGAGGCGAAGCCCGCUGUAGGGGAAAACCCUGUUGAUCAAAACGACAACAACGAAGGAGACGCUAAUCACAUUGUGCCACAUAGCGCAGAAACGGACAUAACGUCGAACGAAAAUCAGAAGGGAAUCCAUGCUCACCUUCUCAGAAGUAACUACAAAGACAUGUACGCCAACUUUCUAAAGAAUGAUCUGAAAUAUUACAACAAUGUUAAAUCAAACGACAGCAUCCUCGGAACAGUGGAAUUGUAUUACUUCCUCAUUUUUUCACAAAUACUGAACAACAACUUGGAAAAUAACGUUCCAGUGUUGGGUGAAAAUAUCUUCAUCAAAAGGAUCAAUAAUUUAAAGGUUAUUAAUAACGUAAUUAAGAGGAUAAUUUUAAAUGACAUGAUGAAGGAAAAGCUGAAAUUUUAUUUUCUCAUUUUGUACCUGGUGAAGAUUAACACCGUGUGUAUAUUUAAGGGAAAGAACCCCAGCGAUGUUUUCCUAAAUUAUUCCGCCAUAUUUAAAAUUUUUAACAAUUUACUAUUCUUUUCGAUGAAAAAAAAAAAAAAAAAAAAAAAACAGGUAAAAGGGGCCGAUCAGCACAAACGGCUAGCAGGUCGUUCCGCACACCAAACGGAUGUUCAUCAUUAUGAUCACACGUUGGGCUACACAACCUUCUGCUACAAUUAUUUGGAUAAAUUGAAGAAGAAAAUAAAAUCAAAAGGAUACGCCUACAGGAAAGAACUGCAGAAGAGCAAGUUCAAAGGCAAAUGCAAAUAUGAUGAAAUUUUAAAUAUCAUGAUUUUUUUUUUACAUAAUGAUAAAUUAUUAGCCAACCAUCGAGAUCAGUAUAUUAAAACUUUCAUUGAACAAAUUUUGGAGACCCCUAAGUUAACCUUCUCCUUUUUUAUCUACCUGAUUAUCUGGCUCAACAAUAUAGACGUUCAUAUGGAUUACACUGGCUAUAUUAACAAUUCGAAUAGUGGCCAUAUGUCCCUUACCGAGGGGGGCGUGAAUAAGAGAGAAAUAAUGAACCAAGUUGUGCCGACAGAGGGGUUGGAGGAGGCCCAUGAAGAUGAACAUGGAAUAGUAGCAAAUGAAGGGGAAUAUCACACGCCAAAUGGUGGUGACCCUCGCUCUGUAAUUGCUUCCCAUAGGGGGGAAACCAAACAGGACAAGAACUACCCGUUUGAUGAGCACACCUGCAGCGUGUCGUCAGAUGGAUCCGCCUCUCACUUCGAUGUUGAAUUAAGCGAAAGUGACAACACGGAUGAUUGUACAGAUGAAGAAAAUAAAGUGGACGCAUUCGAUGUAGAGGAGAAGGACAACAACCAAGGUGAUGAUUCGGACAAAAGUUUUAUUUCGAAUGAAGGGGAAACUUUACAAAAUGGUGAUACCGGCGUAGGGUUAGUACCGAGAGGAAACCUUCCUCCUAACGUAUCAAUCUGCAGUAAACAGGAUGACCGGGGAGAUAACACUGGAGAAGAAAAUAUAUACAAUGAAAACAUUUCCAGUGGUGCGUAUAAAAUUGCCACAAGGAAUAAUUCCCAUAGGAAGAAGGAAAAAAAAGACGACUCUUCUCUCAUCACAAGUAGGGAAAUCGAAGUGGACGAACCAAUUUUUAACAUAAAUUAUUACAUUAAGUACUCCCCUAAGGCGCAAAGCGCUUCGAAUUAUUACAUUUUUUGUUUUUCCUUAAUUUCCAAUUUGUUGAAGAAAAAUCAAAACAUAAGAGCGAAGAAAACAAUUUUAGCCAUUUAUAUAAACACGCUAUUCAAAUCCAGCAACGAAAUUAGAAACCUUUUAAAAAAACUCAUCACUGCAGCCAAGGGAAUUUACAAUAAUGCGUUAAGCUUUUUUGUUUACACGAAAAGAGUAUACAGAUUUUAUCACCAAGUUUUUAUUUUAUUUUUACUAUACAUUUGUAAUAUGUAUAUGCCCCAUUUGAAAAAUGACAUCCAUUUUUUUUCUCACUUUGCCUUUUAUCUGUGGCCAAUGGAAUUAAUUAAUUUUGUUCAUAAUUUUUUAAUAACCAAUUUUUCCUUUUUCUAUAAUGAUAUUUUGUGUAUAUUUGUGAAUUGUCAGAAUGUCCCAUCCUAUGAAAAGCGGAUGCGGUCUUUAAAAAACUAUGAGUUUGUUAAGGGGAAGUUAAAUGAAUACGUGAAAGGUUUGGACCGCCCCGAAAUAUUCCAAUCAGUGGAAUCGUUCCUAAAGCAGACGGACUUCUUCAACACGGGUAAGGCGGAUGGCCAGGGGGGCGCAGCGCCAAGUGGGGCACACUCCGAAGGGGAGCAAUCACCUGUGGAAGACGAGAAUAAUUCCGACGAUGAAAAGAACGAAGAAAACUACAUUCACGGAGAAGACACCGACGAGGAGGCCCAGGAGUGCCUGCAGAAGAACGAAAUUUCGCAGAAAAUCCUGCUCGAAGAAAUCUUCGUCCGGCUGUUCAUGCAAGCAGUAGAUCUGCUCGAAGACAACAAAAUGAUCGCCAGAAUGAAAAAGGGAAACGUCUUCCUAAACUUUGUGAGUAUUCAUUACGUGGAUGCCUUGUGCAAAUUUGUCCUCACGAAGGUAGAAAAGGUGUACCAGAAGAAGAAAGCCCAGUUUUGGGACAACUUUUCCACACUUCUGAACGAAUCACCAGAAGAGGAUAAAAAAAAAAUGGCAGACCAGGAAGACAGAACUGUAGAAUUGCAAGACAUUUUACACUUUUUCCUAAACGCAAUUGAUAAUUUCCUAAGCAUCUGUGUUAGAUCUUCCAUAUUCUUUCACCUCUAUUUAAACACCUAUGCCAAUUGUGUAAAAAAAGAAGUGAGGACAAUUUUGUUGACCAAGUUUGUAGCCUCCCUUCCCUUGUUAAAGUCCCUUUUCCAUGAGGAGUUUUUUAGGAUUCUGAAAUAUAAUAAUAAGUGCAAUAACCAGAAUGUGGAGACGGGAAAAGAAGCUGGUGAAAAGAAACAGGAAGACGGAGCUGCUUCUUCCGAAACGAGUGUUAUAAAAGACAGUGUGGAAGACGCCGAGCAGGGAAAAGACACGCAAAAUGAACAGAAAAAUGAUGCUACAAAAGCGGAAGAAACGGACGCCAAUGUCCAAAACAGCUCCUUCCAAGUUAAUAUAGAAAUUAUAAAAUACAUAAGUCGAAAUUUGAGUGAGCAUACAACCGCAGCGUCUGUCCCCUCGUGGGAAAGUCGCACAAAUUUUCUUAAUUUCUGCUACAAUUUGUACUUGGAAAAUAACAACGUUUAUUUUAUCAUCGAAUUGGUAGCCUUUUUGAAGAAAGAGCAAACUGUACAUAUAUUUAAUGAAAUAAUUAAAAGCGAUCUGGACGAAAAUACCAAAGUGGACCUCCUCAAAUUCUGCAUCAACAAAAUUGUAAAGUUGCCAUAUUUUUACAUCAUCGAAAAGCAGAAGCAAAAACAAAAUGAGAAUGAAAAUGAAGCCUACUACAUCACGAAUAUUGAAAUUUUUUACUUUUAUUACAAUUUGAAUAAAAAUAAAAAUAUCCAAAAAAUUAUGCUGGACUAUUUUGUCACCAAAGUGAAUUUACACACUGUUGAUGAUCAGGAAAAUAAAAUGUUCAACGAUAUUACAAUAAAAGACUUGGCCAAUAUAAUUCAGCAAAUUGCCGAAAAUACCAAUGCCAUAUUCCCCAUUUAUGGAAGGUUUCUAUGUCAAAUUAGCAAAAAUAUUAACAUUUUGCGAGAAUUUAUAAGUAGUAUUAUUAUCCCCCUGCUGAUACAAAAAAAAAUUUGGAACAACAAGGUCAUAUGGAAGGGCUGCUUAAUGUGCAUAUCGAUGUUGUGGCCCGAUUUCAAGCACUCCCUUUUUUACGUUUUUUUUAUGUUGCCCGCGGACGAAUGCACCACGCUGUUCAACGCCCUACAGCAGAAGUAUCCCCUGACCAGCGACCUCAUCGAGCUGAUCUCCUCCAACGAGCAAGCGAAGCGUAUGUGCCCGGAACAUUUGAAGAAUCUGCUAAACACCUGAUACGGUUACGUGCAUCAAAUUUUGAAAAAGGAAAAACUAACGCAAGACAGUGCGUCACCCCUAUUGCUAGGGCAAAUCA